ACAUACUCAUUAUUGAAUCUGGUGUCAGGUUGUCGAUACUGGGAUGAAGAGGAAGAAAGAUGGUCAUCGAAGGGAUGCAAGGUUAAACAAACAACUAAAUAUAGAACACAGUGUUACUGCAAUCAUUUAACAUCAUUUGGUUCUGAUUUCGUUGUACCAGUAAAUACGAUUGAUUUUACCAAUGUAUGGGCCAAGUUUAAUAAUCUGAGUGAAAACGCCGCUGUGUUCUCAACUAUCAUCACUGUAUUGGGACUAUAUCUACUGUCAUUGAUAUGGGCUCGAUACAUGGACAAGAAAGAUCUUCUGAAGUGGGGAGCUCUUCCGCUCUCCGAUAACCUACCAACUGACAACUAUCACUACCAGAUGACUAUACAGACUGGUAUGAGAAAGAAUGCUGGUACAGAAUCAAAGAUUAGUUUUAUUCUCUCUGGUGAUGAUGCUGAUACUGGUGUCAGAAGAUUGUGGGAUGAAAAAAGAAAGCGUAUUCCUAGAGGAACAAUAUUCAAUUACGUAUUAAGUGUUGAAGGUCCACUCGGACCACCAAGUUUCCUGAGAAUCUGGCACGACAAUUCUGGACCUGGUAAAUCGAAAUCAUGGUACCUUGAUCAAGUACAGCUGACUGAUUUACAAACAGGAGAAAAGUUCUUCUUCCUGUGUGAUCGGUGGUUGGCUGUUGAAGAAGAUGAUGGUAUGGUGGACAGGAUAAUUCCGGUUGCUGGCAUCAAUGAUCUGAUAGCAUUCAAACAACUCUUCUCGUCGUCUGCUAGGAAGAAAUUAGCCAAUGAACAUCUGUGGGUGUCUGUAUUCUCUCGACCAACCCGUAGUAAUUUUACCAGAGUACAACGUAUAUCAUGUUGUAUGGCUCUUCUUUUUCUGACCAUGAUCACCAACUGCAUGUUCUUC